CAAUAAAUGCCAACUGCACGCUCAAGUUUGUUUUUCACUAUCUUUGUUUAUUGCUCAAGUUCUCAUAUUCUUCAUUUAGAUUAGAUUGGAAUAUUAGAUUUUCUCAAAAUUAUAUAGAAUCUUUUAUCUAUCUUUCGAAAUCGUGAAUAUAACCUAUACAAAAUGAGCGGAAGAGUUAAGAAACCUCCGGCGCCUAAGAGGAAAGCCAAUGGAUACAAAAUGCCGUCCCCUAUCGCCACUGGUGAAGUAAUUCAUGAUGUGAUAGGGAAAAAGAAAUGGCGUAUCGGUCCUUCGAUUGGCGUUGGUGGCUUUGGAGAGAUAUACUCGGCUUGUGACCACGAGAGCUCGCCGAAAAAAGGAUCUCUUUAUCCAUUUGUUGUGAAAAUUGAACCACAUGAAAAUGGUCCAUUAUUUGUUGAGAAACAUUUCUAUUGUCGAAAUGCCAAUAAGGAUGAUGUUGCAAAAUUCAUGAAGACCAGGAAACUGAGUAGCCUUGGCAUGCCCACAUAUCAUGGCAAUGGAUCUCAUGAGUACAAAGGAGAGAAGUACAGAUACUUAGUCCUGGAGAGAUACGGCAAAGAUGUGUGGAGCCUUUUCAAAGAAUGCGGAAGAGCAUUCCCAGCGGUUACUGUAUUUCAAUUGGGUUUACAAAUGUUAGAUGUUCUAGAAUACAUACACAGUCGGGGGUAUGUACACGCGGAUAUCAAGGGUGCCAACAUUCUGAUGGGCCUCCGGAAAGGCACAGAGAACCAGGCAUACCUAGUGGACUUUGGGUUAGCAAGUCGCGUCACGGAGAAGGAGUUCAAACCGGACCCGAAAUGUGCACACAAUGGAACUAUAGAAUAUACAAGCAGGGAUGCACAUUUGGGAGUGCCUACCAUGAGAGGUGACCUGGAGAUCCUGGGCUACAAUAUGCUACAGUGGCUGGUAGGGGAACUGCCCUGGGAGAAGUCACUGAAGCAACCCAAGACAGUCCAGGACAUGAAAGAGACAUUGAUGAAGAAUGUAAGAGCCAAUAUCACGAAACAGUACAGUAACGUACCCGAAGCCCUCAUUAAAUUCUUUGAAUAUAUAAACACAUUGAAACCCAAGGAUAUACCAGAUUACACAAAAUGCCGGGCUUUUUUCGAGAGCUAUCUUAAAAGUGAGGGCAAAACGAAAACUAGUAAAUUAAAUUUUAGUCCUGUUAAGAAAGGGAAACAGAGUAGAACUGGUAAAACUGUGGUUGCUGAUAGUGAUGCUGACGAGGGAGAUGAGGAGGAACCGAUAGCAAAUGAUAAAAAACUAAAUGGAGUCACCAAAACUAAGAGAGGAGGUCGGAAACCAAAAGUUGUCUCAUCCAGCCCUGAAGUAGAGAAUUGUGAAAAUGAAGAACCAGACUCUGAAGAUGAUACAAAGAAAAAAAAGCUCAAACCAACUGUAAGAAAACCAAAAAUUGUUAAAAGAAAAUCCAUUGAACCAUCUGUUGUAGUUAAAGUUAAAAAAACCAAAUUAGCACCUAAAGCUACUCCCCCCGUUAAGAAAAACCACGUUAAUAUUGCAACACAAACAUCCGUUGAAAAGAGAAGGAAAAGCCCACGUCAGGUUUCAUUCGACAGCCCCAUAUGCGAAAUCAUUGGAAACAAGAAACAAAAUAUUUCAAAUGGAAGUGAUAUUAAUUCAAGUGGUGAUAUAUUUGAUGAUUCAUUUACGAUUGAGGAGAAAAAAGUCAAACCGAGAAGGAAAUUGCUAUCAAAUGAGGAAAUCAUUAUAAAGAGGGUGGUUAAGAAGAAAGUGACGACAACUGUACCUAAAACAAAGUCGUGGAAGGAUGCUCCCACGGUUAUGAACGGGCGUUCCCCGCCUAAAUAACAGAAUGUCCCGCAUACUUUUUAGGUUGUAAUGAUUUAUUGAGGUUAAUGUUAAUUUGUACUUAUAUAUGCCAAUAUAGCGAUGAGUUCAAACAUUCCGCUAUAAUAUUUUAAUUUAAUCAAGUUUAACAUUUUUAUUAAGAUCUUAUUGAAUGUGAUUUAUAUUUUUAAUUAAAAAACAUGUCACAAACAUGAUACUGAACAGGGCGUUUAUCAAGGUCGAAGUUAGACUAACUCCGAAUAUUCAAACGUGAGUAUAGGCGAGAUAAAUAAUUGAAAUAAAUUAAUCAAUAACUGUAGAUUUACACAGCGUAUUUAUUACUAUAACUAUCAUUAUUUAUGCCGUAUCUAAUACUAGCGACCCAACCUGGCUUCGCACAGAUGCAUUACAAAUCUUUGAAUUUCUCGGCUUGUUCUAUACUAUAACACACAUGCUGAAAACUGCAUUAAAAUUCGUUGCGUAAUUAAAAAGAUAUAAGCGAAGUGAUAGCAGCGGCGCUUUGUUCGCGCUUCACUAUGUAAAGACAUCUGUCUAUAAUUGAAUCCUAUGCAACAUACAGAAAGUUAGUAUGACUAUAUCAGUCAAUUUCAUACAAACUACUGAUUAUAAAUUCUAGAACAUAUCGCACGCAUCAUCAACAGUCCCAAAAUAGACAAAGCCGUACUUCGUACUAGACAACAGAUAGAUAAAAGAUAACAUUAUCUUCAUUUUUAUAUUAUACAUUUGUAUCUCAUUAUUAUUACUUUAAUUGAAUUUAAUAUCUACAUAAAUAUCAAUAAUUAAGAUUUAAAGACAGUACUCAUGCAUAUUUUUAGAGGAAUUAUUUUUUAGGUUAAUUUUGUAAUUGGCGGGAAUUUUUUUAAAAAUAAUUGUAGAUGCAGAAUAAUUCCAUAGUUUUGUUUUAAUCUAUUAUUUCCAUAGAGUAAUGAAGUGGUCACUAUUAUACUAAUCGAUACUAGGUUAAUCAACAGACUAACAGGAAGAUCUUUAAUGAAUCUUUGUUAUAUGUUAAUUUCAAUUAUUUUUGAUAUCUAUAUUGAUUCUUAUAUUUUGUCAUGACAUAAUAUAGGUGUCUACUUAUUUUAAUAAGAAAUUAAUGUACAAGUCGUGUUAUAAACCUGUUGACAGGUGUUGCAGUUGAUUUUUUGUUUAUCAUGUUGUUGGAUAAUGAAUUGAAUGAUCUGUAUUUUUGGUGUGUAUAAUAAACAGUAUUUCUUUGCUUUUUA